AAGCUAUGGCAUGUUUUUGCUUUCCCCGGGAGCACAGAAGUGCCCAGCUCCCUUUUCUGUCAUCUUGCUGAGAACAGGUGGCCUCCUUUGGGGUCACCAAGUAUAUUUAGGGCUGAAAUUGGAGCGGGCUGGAGCCGCAUUGGCUGUGCCAUCCACACGCGUCACCAGAGGUUGAUGCACCAGGCUUGCUCUCGCCCAGCACUGCUCUAGAGGGAAGACUGGAGAGGCUCUGCUCCUAAGGAUAUUUACCAGAUGUUGCUGUGAGCUGGGGAGAGACAGAAGAAUACGCUCAAAAUGGAGGAAGAAGAAUAUGAGGAAGUUGUGGAGUACUACAUUGAGGAGACAAUUGUUGAGGAGGGUGAACCAUAUGAGGUGGUCACUGAGAUCACUGAGAGCAGUAGCACAGAAUUCACAGGUCCCACAACCGUCACCCAUACGAUUGAGUAUGAAAAAACUUCUGCUGAGGAACCGGCAGCACCUCCGGUCAGAAAGAAGACGAUACGGACAAAAGUGGACUCUUCUAAGUUCUUGACACCUUAUCUGCAGCACAGUAAUAAAAUGAAGGACCUGUUCAGUGAGAACAAGUACAAAGAAAAGUUCAAUAAAGAAAGAGGAAAGCCAUAUGCUUCCACAGUUGAUACGCCAGAAAUUCGGAGAAUCAAGAAAGUGCAGGAUCAGCUCAGUGAGGUGAAAUACCGCAUGGCUGGGGAAGCUGCUCGAACUAUUUGCCACGUUGAUGAAAAGGCCUGGGAUAUAGAACACGCAAAGAAGGUCUCUCAGCAAGUGAGCAAGGUGUUAUAUAAACAGAACUGGGAGGAGAAUAAGGACAAGUACUUACUUCCCCCUGAUGCCCCAGAGCUUGUAAAUGCAAUUAAAAAUACAGCAAUGUUCAGCAAGAAACUCUAUACAGAAGACUGGGAAGGAGACAAAACGUUGUUCUAUCCGUACAAUGACAGUCCAGAACUCAGAAGGGUGGCACAGGCUCAAAAAGUUCUGAGUGAUAUUGUCUACAAAAAAGGGCACGAUGAACGAAAAUCUAAAUAUACUUCUCUGCCAGAUCCACCUGAUGUGGAACAAGCCAAGAAAGUGACAAGGCAGCUGAGUGAUGUUAUUUAUCACGAAGACUAUAAAAACAAGAUCAAAGGCAAGUGGAGUCAAACUCCGUGCUAUGACGUUGCAAUUGCAAAAAUGAAUGCAGAAAACAUAAGCAUGAAAAAAUACCAGGAAGACUUUGAAAAUGUGAAAGACCAAAUCUACUUUAUGCAGACUGAGACUCCAGAAUAUGAAGCUAAUAAGCGAGUUUCAGAGAAUGUCAGUAAGAUAAAAUACAGAGCAGACUAUGAGAAGAACAAAGCCAUUGCAGAUUAUAACGUGCUUCCUGCUACAGAGAACCCAUUGCUGAGGCAAUUAAAGACUGCAGGAGAUGUCCUGAGUGACAAAUUAUACAAAGAAGCCUAUGAGCAAUCCAAAGGAAAAAGCAUGAACUACUGUGAAACACCAAAGUUCCAGACUGAUAGCGCUCUGAAGAAUUUCAGUGAUGUGAAAUACAAAGAUGCUUAUCAAAAGAAUAUCUUGGGACACUAUUUGGGCAGUUUUGAGGACCCACACCAGAUCCACUGUAUGAAAGUCGAAGCUAUGAAGAGUGAUAAAAAUUACAAAGCGGAUUAUGAGGAAGAAAAGACAAAAUGCUACUUCCCUCAGACCAUAACUCAAGAAUAUGAAGCUAUUAAGAAGCUAGAGCAGUGUAAAGAUCACACCUACAAAAAGCAUCCUGAUCAGAUCAAAUUUACUCAAGUGACUGACUCUCCAGUGCAGAAGCAAGCAGAGAUCAAUAGCAAGCAGCUGAGUGAUAGACUCUACAGAUCUUCCGGAGAAGAAGUGAAACAUAAAUACACUCUCCCCCCAGAUGUCCCACAGUUUAUCCAAGCCAGAUACAAUGCUGCAAAUGUCAGUGAUGCCUAUUAUAAACAGGACUACCACGAUCUAAUAGCUAAAGGGACCAACGUGUCACUUGAUGCUAUUCCAAUUACUCGAGCAAAAGCAUCAAGAAACAUUGCUAGUGAUUAUAAAUACAAAGAAGCAUAUGAAAAGGCUAAAGGAAAACAGGUUGGUUUCAGAAGCCUGCAGGAUGACCCCAAGCUCGUUCACUACAUGCAUGUUGCAAAGAUUCAGUCUGAUCGUGAAUAUAAGAAGGACUAUGAGAAGAGCAAGACUGUCUAUCACACACCUCCUGACACAAUCAGUAUCCAGGCUGCAAAAAAGUCUCAGGACGUAGCUUCCACUGCCCACUACAAAAAUCUGAUCCAUCACUACACAUAUCUGCCAGAUGCUAUGGAUGUUGAGCUUGCAAAGAACAUGAUGCAAAUUCAGAGCAAUAAUGUAUACAAACAAGACUAUAACAGUUGGUUCAAGGGUAUUGGAUGGAGUCCUCUCGGCUCUCUGGAUGUGGAAACAGCUAAAAAGGCUGGGGAUGCAUUAAAUGAGAAGAGGUACCGUCAGCACCCAGACACCAUCAAGUUUACCAGUGUGCCAGACUCAGUGACAAUGGUUCUAGCUCAGCACAACACCAAGCAACUGAGUGAUGUAGCAUAUAAGCAAGAGGGUGAAAAAGUAAAGCACAAAUACAAGCUUGAUCCUGAUGUCCCUCAGUUUAUUCAAGCAAGGGUCAACGCCUUCAAUUUAAGUGACGCUAACUACAAAGCAGACUGGAAAAAAACCAUUGCCAAAGGAUACGAUCUGAAACCAGAUGCCAUUCCUAUUAUUGCUGCUAAAGCAUCUCGAAAUAUUGCAAGUGAUUUCAAGUACAAGGAAUCGUACGAGAAAGAUAAAGGCAAACAGGUUGGGUACCGCAGCCUGCAGGAUGAUCCCAAACUUGUUCAUUACAUGAACGUGGCCAAAAUGCAAUCAGAGCGUGAAUACAAGAAGGAUUAUGAAGUGACCAAGACCAAAUAUCACACUCCCCUGGAUAUGUUCAGUGUGACAGCUGCCAAGAAAGCUCAGGAGGCCGUUACAAACAUGGGCUAUAAACAGCUCAUUCACCAUUAUACUCUCUUGCCUGAUUCUGUGAAUCUGGAGCUAUCAAGAAACAUGAUGCAGCUUCAGAGUGAUAACGUGUACAAAGCAGACUUUAAUAACUGGCUGAGAGGAGUUGGCUGGCUGCCGAUUCAAUCCUUGGAUGUAGAAAAGGCCAAAAAAGCUUCAGAUAUUCUCAGCGAAAAGAAAUAUCGCCAGCCCCCCGACAAGCUGAAGUACUCCAUUCCACUGGAUGCAAUGGAGCAAGUGCUAGCUAAACAAAAUGCCAAGACUAUGAAUAAGAGGCUCUACACUGAUAAAUGGAAUAAAGAGAAGACCAGCAUUCAUGUUAUGCCAGAUACUCCAGAAAUUCUGCAGUCUAGAGUGAACCAGAUCACAAUGAGUAAUAAACUAUACAAAGCUGGAUGGGAGGAAGACAAGAAGAAAGGUUAUGACAUGCGUCCUGAUGCUAUUCCAAUAAAAGCAGCCAAAACUUCCCAGGACAUUGCAAGUGAUUAUAAAUACAAACUAGCCUAUGAAAAAGCAAAAGGAAAGCAUAUUGGCUUCCGCAGCCUUGAAGACGACCCCAAGCUGGUGCACUUCAUGCAGGUGGCUAAGAUGCAAUCUGAUCGUGAAUACAAGAAAGAUUACGAGAAGGCAAAGACUAACUUCCAUACUCCAGUUGACAUGCUCAGCGUUGUGGCAGCCAAGAAAGCACAGGAAGUGGCUACAAAUACAAACUACAAAAACUUGAUCCAUAUCUACAAUGUUUUACCUGAUGCUAUGAGUCUUGAAUUAGCCAAAAACAUGAUGCAGAUACAAAGUAAUAAUCAAUACAGAGCAGACUAUGAUGAAAGUAUGAAGGGUGCUGGAUGGAUGCCACUGGGCUCUCUGGAGGCUGAGAAGAACAAGAAAGCCACGGAAAUUCUUAGUGAAAAGAAAUACCGUCAGCAUCCAGACAAGUUGAAGUAUUCUGUUCCUGUGGAUUCCAUGAAUAUGGCCUUAGCUUUGCAUAACGCUAAAAUCAUGGAUGAGCACCAAUAUAAACAAGCAUGGGAAGAGGAUAAGAAGAAGGUUCACAUAACACCAGAUAUUCCACAGUUUGCUUUAGCGAAAGCUAAUGCAUUUAAUAUAAGUGAUAAAAUGUAUAGACAUUCUUUUGAAGAAGCCAGAAAGAAGGGGUACGAUCUCAGAUCUGAUGCUAUCCCUAUUAAAGCUGCCAAAGCUUCUAGGGACAUUGCUAGUGAUUAUAAAUACAAAUUAGGUUAUGAGCAAGACAAGGGAAAGCUUGUAGGCUUCCGCAGCCUUCAGGAUGAUCCUAAACUUGUCCAUUAUAUGCAAGUGGCUAAGAUGCAGUCUGAUCGUGAAUACAAGAAGGCCUAUGAGGCAAGCAAGACUCAUUACCAAACACCUUCUGAUGCACUCAGUAUCAUGGCAGCUAAGGAGGCACAAGAUCGUGUAACCAAUGCAAACUACAAACGACUGAUACACCACUAUAUGCUUCUGCCAGAUGCAAUGAGUUUUGAAUUGUACAGGAACAUGAAUCAGAUACAAAGUAAUAAUGAAUACAGACAAGAUUACAAUGAAUGGUUCAAAGGUAUUGGUUGGAGUCCUGCUGGUUCUCUGGAUGUGGAGAAAUCUAAGAAAGCUACAGAAAUUGCAAGUGACCGGAAAUACCGACAGCAUCCCAGCACGUUUUCUUUUACAAAAGACACUGAUGCCAUGGAUAUGGUUCUUGCAAAGCACAACGCAGAUAUAAUGAAUAAACAUGCUUAUACUCAGGCCUGGGAAAAGGAUAAAACUCAAGUUCACGUGAUGCCAGAUACACCGGAUAUCCUACAGGCAAAACAGAACAAGGCGAACUACAGUCAGAAACAUUACAAGCUCGGCUGGGAGGAAAUGAUUAAGAAGGGCUAUGACCUCACACCUGAAGCCAUUUCAGUGAAAGCUGCCAAAGCUUCAAGGGACAUUGCAAGCGACUACAAGUACAAAGAGGGUUACCGCAAGCAGCAGGGACAUCACAUUGGAUUCCGGAGCUUACAGGAUGAUCCGAAGAUGAUGUGGUCUAUGCAAGUAGCUAAAAUGCAGAGCGAGAGGGAGUAUAAGAAAGAUUUUGAAAAGUGGAAGACAAAGUUUAACAUGCCUGUGGAUAUGUUAGGCUUCCUUCUGGCUAAGAAAUGUCAAGAAUUGGUUAGUGAUGUAGACUACAAACACAUGUUACACCGCUGGACUUGUCUACCAGACCAAAAUGAUGUCACCCAAGCAAAGAGGGUCUACGAACUGCAGAGUGAUAAUCUGUACAAGUCAGAUCUGCAGUGGCUCAGAGGCAUUGGAUGGAGUCCUUUGGGAUCUUUGGAGUCUGAAAAGAACAAGAAAGCUUCUGAAAUACUAAGUGAAAAGAAGUACCGGCAGCACCCAGAUACUAUUAAGUUCACAAGUAUCCCAGAUGCCAUGAAUAUCACCUUAGCAAAAUCUAAUGCCAAAAAUAGAAGUGAUAUACUGUAUAGAGAGGCUUGGGACAAGGACAAAACUCAGGUUCAUAUCAUGCCUGAUACUCCUGAAAUUUUGUUGGCUAAAUCAAACUUAAUCAACACAAGUGAUAAACAUUACAAGUUAGGAUAUGAAGAGCUGAGGAGGAAAGGCUAUGAUCUUCCUCCUGAUGCCAUACCACUCAAGGCAGCGAAGGCAUCCAGAGACAUUGCCAGUGAAUAUCAGUACAAAACAGCAUACCGCAAGCAGCUGGGCCACCACAUUGGAGCCCGCAACAUCGAGGACGACCCCAAGAUGAUGUGGUCGAUGCACGUAGCCAAGGUCCAGAGUGACAGGGAGUACAAGAAAGCCUUUGAGAAGACCAAGACGCACUUCAGCAGCCCCGUGGACAUGCUGGGAAUUGUGUUGGCCAAGAAAUGCCAGGAGCUGGUCAGCGAUGUUGAUUACAAGCAUCUUCUGCAUCGGUGGACCUGUCUGCCGGACCAGAACGAUGUCGUGCAAGCCCGGAAAGUGUACGACCUGCAGAGUGAUAUUGUGUACAGGUCUGACCUGCAGUGGCUGAAAGGCAUUGGCUGGUCACCACUUGGGUCCCUGGAUGAAGAGAAGAACAAGCGAGCGAGCAUGAUCCUGAGUGACAAGAAGUACCGGCAGCACCCGGACACCAUCAAGUUCACGAGCCUUCCUGACUCCAUGCCUAUGCUUCUGGCAAAGCACAACUCUGAAAUCAUGAACCACCGCUCGUACAUCGCAGCCUGGGAGAAAGACAAGACCAGCAUUCACAUUAUGCCAGAUACGCCUGGUAUUUUGCUGGCCCAGCAGAACAAAGUGAACUUCAGUGAGAAAAUGUACAGGCUGGCAAUGGAAGAAGACAAGAAGAAGGGCUAUGACCUGCGUGCAGAUGCCAUUCCCAUCAAGUCUGCUAAAGCUUCCAGGGACAUUGCCAGUGACUACAAGUAUAAAGAAGGGUACCGCAAGCAGCUGGGCCACCACAUUGGAGCCCGCAACAUCGAGGACGACCCCAAGAUGAUGUGGUCGAUGCACGUAGCCAAGGUCCAGAGUGACAGGGAGUACAAGAAAGCCUUUGAGAAGACCAAGACGCACUUCAGCAGCCCCGUGGACAUGCUGGGAAUUGUGUUGGCCAAGAAAUGCCAGGAGCUGGUCAGCGAUGUUGAUUACAAGCAUCUUCUGCAUCGGUGGACCUGUCUGCCAGACCAGAACGAUGUCGUGCAAGCCCGGAAAGUGUACGACCUGCAGAGUGAUAUUGUGUACAGGUCUGACCUGCAGUGGCUGAAAGGCAUUGGCUGGUCCCCAAUUGGUUCCCUGGAUGAAGAGAAGAACAAGCGAGCGAGCAUGAUCCUGAGUGACAAGAAGUACCGGCAGCACCCGGACACCAUCAAGUUCACGAGCCUUCCUGACUCCAUGCCUAUGCUUCUGGCAAAGCACAACUCUGAAAUCAUGAACCACCGCUCGUACAUCGCAGCCUGGGAGAAAGACAAGACCAGCAUUCACAUUAUGCCAGAUACGCCUGGUAUUUUGCUGGCCCAGCAGAACAAAGUGAACUUCAGUGAGAAAAUGUACAGGCUGGCAAUGGAAGAAGACAAGAAGAAGGGCUAUGACCUGCGUGCAGAUGCCAUUCCCAUCAAGUCUGCUAAAGCUUCCAGGGACAUUGCCAGUGACUACAAGUAUAAAGAAGGGUACCGCAAACAGCUGGGCCACCACAUUGGAGCCCGCAACAUCGAGGACGACCCCAAGAUGAUGUGGUCGAUGCACGUAGCCAAGAUCCAGAGUGACAGGGAGUACAAGAAAGCCUUUGAGAAGACCAAGACGCACUUCAGCAGCCCCGUGGACAUGCUGGGAAUUGUGUUGGCCAAGAAAUGCCAGGAGCUGGUCAGCGAUGUUGAUUACAAGCAUCUUCUGCAUCGGUGGACCUGUCUGCCGGACCAGAACGAUGUCGUGCAAGCCCGGAAAGUGUACGACCUGCAGAGUGAUAUUGUGUACAGGUCUGACCUGCAGUGGCUGAAAGGCAUUGGCUGGUCCCCAAUUGGGUCCCUGGAUGAAGAGAAGAACAAGCGAGCGAGCAUGAUCCUGAGUGACAAGAAGUACCGGCAGCACCCGGACACCAUCAAGUUCACGAGCCUUCCUGACUCCAUGCCUAUGCUUCUGGCAAAGCACAACUCUGAAAUCAUGAACCACCGCUCGUACAUCGCAGCCUGGGAGAAAGACAAGACCAGCAUUCACAUUAUGCCAGAUACGCCUGGUAUUUUGCUGGCCCAGCAGAACAAGGUGAACUUCAGUGAGAAAAUGUACAGGCUGGCAAUGGAAGAAGACAAGAAGAAGGGCUAUGACCUGCGUGCAGAUGCCAUUCCCAUCAAGUCUGCUAAAGCUUCCAGGGACAUUGCCAGUGACUACAAGUAUAAAGAAGGGUACCGCAAGCAGCUGGGCCACCACAUUGGAGCCCGCAACAUCGAGGACGACCCCAAGAUGAUGUGGUCGAUGCACGUAGCCAAGAUCCAGAGUGACAGGGAGUACAAGAAAGCCUUUGAGAAGACCAAGACGCACUUCAGCAGCCCUGUGGACAUGCUGGGAAUUGUGUUGGCCAAGAAAUGCCAGGAGCUGGUCAGCGAUGUUGAUUACCGCCACUAUCUGCAUCAGUGGACCUGUCUGCCGGACCAGAACGACGUUAUCCAUGCUAAGAAGGCCUAUGAUCUGCAGAGUGAUAAUUUCUACAAGUCAGACCUCGAGUGGUUGCGUGGCAUUGGUUGGGUCCCCAUUGGUUCCUUGGAUAUUGAAAAAGCCAAGAGGGCAGGACAGAUCUUGAGUGAUAAAGUCUACCGUCAGCCUCCAGACACCAUCAAGUUUACUAGUGUUACUGAUUCUGUAGAGAUGAACUUAGCUAAGCAUAAUGCAGAGGUGAUGAAUAAGCGUUUGUAUACUGAGGCCUGGGAUAAAGACAAGACGCAAAUUCACAUCAUGCCCGACACACCUGAAAUCACACUGGCAAAACAGAAUAUGCAUAAUUACAGUGAGAAACUGUACAAACAAGCCAUGGAAGAAGCAAAAAAGAAAGGCUAUGAUUUGAGAAGUGAUGCUAUCCCAAUUCAGGCUGCCAAAGCAUCCAGGCAAAUUGCCAGUGAUUACAAGUAUAAAGAAGGGUACCGCAAACAGCUGGGCCACCACAUUGGAGCCCGCAACAUCGAGGACGACCCCAAGAUGAUGUGGUCGAUGCACGUAGCCAAGAUCCAGAGUGACAGGGAGUACAAGAAAGCCUUUGAGAAGACCAAGACGCACUUCAGCAGCCCCGUGGACAUGCUGGGAAUUGUGUUGGCCAAGAAAUGCCAGGAGCUGGUCAGCGAUGUUGAUUACCGCCACUAUCUGCAUCAGUGGAUCUGCCUGCCGGACCAGAACGACGUUAUCCAUGCUAAGAAGGCCUAUGAUCUGCAGAGUGAUAAUUUCUACAAGUCAGACCUUGAGUGGUUGCGUGGCAUUGGUUGGGUCCCCAUUGGUUCCUUGGAUAUUGAAAAAGCCAAGAGGGCAGGACAGAUCUUGAGUGAUAAAGUCUACCGUCAGCCUCCAGACACCAUCAAGUUUACUAGUGUUACUGAUUCUGUAGAGAUGAACUUAGCUAAGCAUAAUGCAGAGGUGAUGAAUAAGCGUUUAUACACUGAAGCGUGGAAUAAAGAUAAGACCACAAUUCACAUCAUGCCUGACACACCAGAAAUUGUACUAGCUAAACAAAACCAAGUACACUACAGUCAGAAAAUGUACAGACUGGCUUUGGAGGAAUCAAAGAAGAAGGGUCAUGACUUGCGUUUUGAUGCCAUUCCUAUCCAAGCUGCCAAAGCAUCCAGAGAGAUUGCCAGUGAUUACAAGUAUAAAGAAGGGUACCGCAAGCAGCUGGGCCACCACAUUGGAGCCCGCAACAUCGAGGACGACCCCAAGAUGAUGUGGUCGAUGCACGUAGCCAAGAUCCAGAGUGACAGGGAGUACAAGAAAGCCUUUGAGAAGACCAAGACGCACUUCAGCAGCCCCGUGGACAUGCUGGGAAUUGUGUUGGCCAAGAAAUGCCAGGAGCUGGUCAGCGAUGUUGAUUACCGCCACUAUCUGCAUCAGUGGAUCUGCCUGCCGGACCAGAACGACGUUAUCCAUGCUAAGAAGGCCUAUGAUCUGCAGAGUGAUGCUGUUUAUAAAUCCGACUUGGAAUGGCUGAGAGGAAUUGGAUGGGUUCCUAUUGGCUCUUUGGAUGUUGAGAAGGCGAAGAAAGCUGGAGAAAUCCUGAGCGAGAGGAAGUAUCGUCAACCAGCCGACCAAAUCAAAUUUACCAGCGUGACAGAUUCUUUGGCUAUGAUGUUAGCCAAGCAUAAUGCUGAGAUAAUGAACAAGCGUUUAUAUACAGAAGCCUGGGAUGCAGACAAAACGUCGAUUCACGUCAUGCCUGACACUCCAACCAUUUUAUUAGCCAAGGCCAACGCAGAGAAUGUUAGCCAUAAACAUUAUAUACAAGCCUGGGAAGAGGCCAAAAAGAAGGGUUAUGACAUGAGAGCUGAUGCAAUUCCAAUUCGAAGUGCAAAGGCAUCGAGAGAUAUUGCGAGUGAUUACAAGUACAAGGAAGCUCACGAGAAGCAGAAAGGGCACUACAUUGGGUGCCGAACCGCCAAGGAGGAUCCCAAGCUGUCGUGGGCUGCACGAGCCAUGCUGCUGCAGAACGACCGCAUCUACAGGAAGGCGUACCACGACUCCAAGACCCACAUCCACAUGCCGGUGGAUGCGAUGUCACUGCAGGCAGCCAAGGAGUGCCAGACACUUGUCAGUGAUGUUGACUACCGCCAUUACCUUCACCAGUGGACGUGUCUGCCUGACCACAACGAUGUGGUGCACGCGAAGAAAGCCUACGACCUACAGAGUGAUAAUGUGUACAAAUCAGACCUGGAGUGGUUGCGAGGUAUUGGCUGGCUGACAGAAGGUUCUGUGGAUGUGGUCAAAGCCAAGAAAGCCCAGGAAAUCCUGAGUGACAAGCUGUACCGCACACAGCCAGACCAGAUAAAAUUCACCAGCAUCACUGAUUCACCAGAUGUUGUCCAGGCUAAGAUCAAUGCUUUGCAACUCAGUAAUCAUCUGUACCGCGAGGCCUGGGACAAGGACAAGACACAGAUUUCCAUACCUUCUGACACUCCUGAGAUGCUGCAGUCAAAACUCAAUGCUCUGAACAUCAGCAAUAAACAUUAUCAGGCAGCCUGGGAUGAGGCCAAAGCGAAGAACUAUGACCUGAGAGCUGACGCUAUUCCCAUCAAACACGCCAGGGCUUCCAGAGACAUUGCUAGUGAGUACAAGUACAAGGAAGCUCACGAGAAGCAGAAAGGGCACUACAUUGGGUGCCGAACCGCCAAGGAGGAUCCCAAGCUGUCGUGGGCUGCACGAGCCAUGCUGCUGCAGAACGACCGCAUCUACAGGAAGGCGUACCACGACUCCAAGACCCACAUCCACAUGCCGGUGGAUGCGAUGUCACUGCAGGCAGCCAAGGAGUGCCAGACACUUGUCAGUGAUGUUGACUACCGCCAUUACCUUCACCAGUGGACGUGUCUGCCUGACCACAACGAUGUGGUGCACGCGAAGAAAGCCUACGACCUACAGAGUGAUAAUGUGUACAAAUCAGACCUGGAGUGGUUGCGAGGUAUUGGCUGGCUGACAGAAGGUUCUGUGGAUGUGGUCAAAGCCAAGAAAGCCCAGGAAAUCCUGAGUGACAAGCUGUACCGCACACAGCCAGACCAGAUAAAAUUCACCAGCAUCACUGAUUCACCAGAUGUUGUCCAGGCUAAGAUCAAUGCUUUGCAACUCAGUAAUCGUCUGUACCGCGAGGCCUGGGACAAGGACAAGACACAGAUUUCCAUACCUUCUGACACUCCUGAGAUGCUGCAGUCAAAACUCAAUGCUCUGAACAUCAGCAAUAAACAUUAUCAGGCAGCCUGGGAUGAGGCCAAAGCGAAGAACUAUGACCUGAGAGCUGACGCCAUUCCCAUCAAACACGCCAGGGCUUCCAGAGACAUUGCUAGUGAGUACAAGUACAAGGAAGCUCACGAGAAGCAGAAAGGGCACUACAUUGGGUGCCGAACCGCCAAGGAGGAUCCCAAGCUGUCGUGGGCUGCACGAGCCAUGCUGCUGCAGAACGACCGCAUCUACAGGAAGGCGUACCACGACUCCAAGACCCACAUCCACAUGCCGGUGGAUGCGAUGUCACUGCAGGCAGCCAAGGAGUGCCAGACACUUGUCAGUGAUGUUGACUACCGCCAUUACCUUCACCAGUGGACGUGUCUGCCUGACCACAACGAUGUGGUGCACGCGAGGAAAGCCUACGACCUACAGAGUGAUGCUAUUUAUAAGUCAGACCUAGAAUGGCUCCGUGGAAUUGGCUGGUUGCCUAAUGAUUCUCCAGGUAUUCAGAGAGUGAAACAUGCCCAGGAUCUCCUGAGUGACAAGGUGUAUCGCACACCUAUUGACAGCGUGAAGUACACCAGUGUCGUCGAUUCUCCAGACAUUCUUCUAGCUAAAGUGAAUGCUGAACAGCUCAGUAUUCCAAAAUACAAAGAAGCCUGGGAAAAGGACAAGACUAUGAUCCAUAUUAUGCCAGACACACCUGAAAUCAACCUAGCCAGGUCUAAUGCUCAUAAUUAUAGCAAGAAACUGUAUAGAGAAGCCUGGGAUGAAGUGAAGAUGAGUUACGAUUUGAGAGCAGACGCAAUCCCAAUUAAAGCAGCCAAAGCUUCCAGAGAAAUUGCUAGUGACUAUAAAUACAAACUGGAUCAUGAGAAGCAGAAAGGACAUUACGUUGGAGUUCCAAAUGCAAAAGCAGAUACAAAAAUGCAGUUUGCCCUUGGCAUAGGCAAGGUUCAGAGUGAACUAGAAUACAAGAAACACUUUGCCAAAUGGAAGACACAGUGCCACCUGCCUGUUGAUAUGCUGUCUAUCCAGUCAGCUAAACAUGGGCAGUCUUUGGUCAGUGAUAUUGAUUACCGUCAUUACUUGCAUCAGUGGAUCUGUCUUCCAGAUCAGAAUGAUGUGAUACAUGCCAAGAAAGCCUACGAUCUUCAAAGUGAUGCUGUUUACAAAUCUGAUUUAGAAUGGCUACGAGGAAUUGGAUGGCUACCAAAUGAUUCACUUGGGAUAAAUCAUGUCAAACAUGCCGGAGACCUAUUGAAUGAGAGAAAGUAUCGUACAAAAGCUGAAACACUUCGAUUUACUCCAGUGACAGACAGAGUUGAUUAUGUCACAGCGAAGAAAAGUGGUGAAAUUCUUAGUGAUAUUGCAUACCACAAAGCAUGGAAUGAGGUCAAGUCAAAUUACACUCUAACAGACACACCACAGCUGGAUAUGGCUCGAGAGGCAGCCAGAAUUCUUAAUCAGAGUUUAUACAAGGAAAGCUGGGAGAAAGAAAAAGCCACUGGUUAUCUCUUACCUCCUGACACUGUGCAGAUUCGUCAUGCCAAACACUCAAAUGAAGUCCAAAGUGAGCUUAAGUACAAAGCUGACUAUGUCAAACAAAGAGGUCACUACGUGGGAGUCCCCAGUAUGAGAGAUGAUCCAAAACUGGUGUGGUUUGAACAUGCAGGCGAGAUCCAGAAUGACAGAUUGUAUAAAUCAAAUUACCACAAAACAAAGACCAAAAUUCACAUCCCUGCGGAUAUUAUGUCAGUUGUAGCAGCCAAGGAGUGUCAGACGUUGGUCAGUGAUAUUGACUACCGCCAAUACCUGCAUCAAUGGACAUGCCACCCUGACCAGAAUGAUUGUAUUCAUGCAAAGAAGGCCUAUGAUCUGCAAAGCGAUAAUAUUUAUAAAUCUGACUUGGAAUGGCUCCGUGGUUGUGGCUGGAUUCCUCUGGAUUCAGUGGAACAUAAGAAAGUUAAGCAUGCACAGGAACUGAUAAAUAAGAGAGCAUAUACGAAAGAUGCCCUUGAAAACUUUUCUAAGUUCACCAGUGUGGUUGACACUCCAGACAUUGUCUUGGCAAAGAUUAACUCUGUCAAUCAGAGUGAUCUAAAAUACAAAGAAACAUUUAACCUCGAGAAAGGCCAGUACAUCGGGUCUGAUGACACUCCUGAACUGAAUCAUGCCAGAGACAUGUCCUUACUGUAUAGUGAUACACUUUAUAAAAGAGACUGGGAAAUCAGCAAGCCCCUUGGGUAUACUUUGGAUACAAAAUACAUUCCACUUGUUGGAGCCAAGCAUGCAAACUACGUGAAUAGUGAGCGUAAAUACAAGGAGCUGUAUGAGAAGCUGAAAGGCCAUUAUCUGGCUGGGAAGGACAUUGGAGAUUUCCCCAGCGUCGUUCAUUCAUUAGCAUUCCAGAAAAUAAGGAGCGCGUUGGCAUACAGAAAGAAUUACGAAGACACUAAAACAAGAGUCCAUAUUCCAAGUGAUAUGAUGAAUCAUGUGCUAGCUAAGAAGUGCCAGUAUAUCCUCAGUGACCUUGAAUACCGAACUUACCUCCAUCACUGGAAUUGUUCCCCUGAGGAGCAUGAUGUUAUUCAAGCAAAAAGGGCCCAAGAAAUUUUGAGUGAUGUGGUGUAUAAAGAUGACUUAAAUUGGCUGAAGGGAAUUGGAUGCUAUGUCUGGGAUACUCCACAAAUCCUGCAUGCUAAAAAAUCAUAUGACCUCCAGAGCCAAAUAAAAUAUACAGCUGCUGGAAAAGAGAAUUUUCAGAACUUUGGUGUUGUUACUGAUACACCAGUCUAUGUGACUGCAGUGCAGAGUGCUAUAAAUGCCAGUGAUGUUAAAUACAAAGAAGAUUACCAUAAAACUAAGGACAAGUAUACAACUGUGACUGAAACAGUAGACUCUGAAAGAAUUCAAAAUCUGAAACAUCUUUUUAGCAAUAAUCUCUACAAGGAAGCCUGGGACAGGGUGAAAGCUACUAGCUACAUACUACCCUCUGAUGCUGUAUCCCUAGCACGUGCAAAAGAACUGAAGCAUAAUGCCAGUAUUGUAAAAUACCGAGAAGAAUAUGACAAGUUCAAAGCUCUAUACACAAUACCUGGAAGUGUUGAGGAUGAUCCCAAUAUAGCAAGGUGCCUUAGAGUUGGAAAGCUUAAUAUUGAUCGUCUGUACAGGGAAACCUAUGAAAAGAAUAAAACCAAAAUCCACAUUAUUCCUGACAUGGUAGACAUAAUUGCUGCUAAAGAUGCACAGGAGAAAAUCAGUGAAAUCGAUUACCGCACGCGUCUCCACAACUGGAUCUGCUUACCAGAUCUUCAGAUCAACGCACAUGUUCGAAAAGUAGCUGAUCAGAUCAGUGAUGUGGUAUACAAGGAUGAUCUUAACUGGCUGAAAGGCAUUGGCUGCUUUGUUUGGGACACUCCUGAGAUUCUCCAUGCUAAACAUGCCUACGACCUUCGCAGUGAUAUCAAGUACAAAUCUGCUGCAGAAAAAACAAAGAGCAAAUACACUGUGGUCAUGGACACUCCUAUCUAUGUCCAGAGUAUCCUCAGUGGCUUGAAUGCCAGUGAGAUUAUCUAUCGUGGUGACUACUUAAAUAAAAUUAGAGGCAAAGCGAUUCCCACUAACAAGACAGUGGAUUUGGAGCGGGCACGUCAUGCAAACAAGAUACAGAGUGAAAAUUUGUAUCGCUGGGCUGGUUUGAAAGCUCUGCCUACUGGAUACAGUCUUCCCAAAGAUACCCCUGGCUUCCAGCAUGCCAAACACGUCCAGUACAUUGGCAGUGAUCUGAAAUAUAAAGAAGCCUAUGAACAUAUGAAAGCUAAAGGCUAUACUCUGGGACCUAAUGAUGUUGGGUUUGAGAAUGUGAAGAAAGUGAAUCAAGUCAUUAAUGAGAGGUUGUAUCGGGCAACGUACCACAAGAACAAGGAUAAGAUUCAUACUACUCCAGACACACCAGAAAUCCGUCAAGUCAGAGCAACACAGGAAGCUGUCAGUGAUUUGAUCUACAAGUCAGAUUUCUUUAAGAUGCAAGGACACUUGAUUUCCUUGCCAUUUACUCCUCAGGUGUUGCACUGCCGCUAUGUUGGGGACAUCACAAGUGAUAAUAAAUACAAAGAGGAUCUGAAGUGGUUGCAGGGCUUGGGCUGCUUCCUUUAUGAUACUCCUGAUAUGGUCCGUGCUCGUCAGCUGCGUAAGCUUUGGUCUAAUUACGUGUAUACUGAUACUGCAAAGAAGAUGCGGGAUAAAUACAGUGUGGUGUUGGAUACUCCUGAGUACAGGAAUGUUCAGGAACUGAAAGCCCAUUUGAGUGAACUGGUUUACAGAGCUGCAGGCAAGGAGCUGAAGACAAAAUACACUUCUGUCCUUGACACACCUGACUACUUAAGAGCCAAGAAAGGACAAAAAAUACAGAGCCAGUAUUUGUAUGUGGAACUUGCCACCAAAGAGAGACCUCAUCACCAUGCUGGUAGCCAGACUCCAGCCUUCACGCAUGCCAGGCAUGUAAAAGACAUGGUCAGUGAGACAAAAUAUAAGAUCCAGUAUGAGAAGAUGAAGGAUAAAUAUACACCAGUCCUUGACACACCAGUCUUGAUCAGAGCCAAGAGAGCAUACCUGAAUGCCAGUGAUUUGCGCUACAAAGAAACCUUUGAGAACACAAAGGGGAAAUACCACACAGUGAAAGAUGCUUUGGAUAUUGUCUAUCAUCGAAAAGUCACAGAUGAUAUUAGCAGUGUGAAAUACAAAGAAAAUUAUAUGAGCCAGCUGGGAGUCUGGAGAUCAAUCCCAGACCGACCAGAACAUUUCCAUCAUCGUAUCGUCACAGAUGCUAUUAGUGAUGUUAAAUACAAGGAAGACUUAUCGUGGCUCAGAGGCAUCGGCUGUUAUGUGUGGGAUACACCAGAUUUUACAUUGGCAGGAAAGAAUAAAGUGCUCUACAGUGGGCAUAAGUACAAGGAGACGUUUGAAAAGACAAAGUCUCAUUACAAGUACGUAGCUGACUCUCCAAUUAACAGGCAUUUUAAGCAUGCAACUCAGUUGCUGGAUGCGAACAGUUAUAAAUCCCUUGCCAAGAUGCUCCUGAAACAAGGGUGUAAUGAAAUUCUGAGGCCAGAUAUCCUGACAGCACUCUACAACUCAUACUUAUGGAGCCAGGUGGAGUACAAAAAGGACUAUGAGAAGAAGAAAGAUAAGUAUACCACAGUUGUGGAUACUCCAGAAAACUUAAGGACUGCAAAAGUCAACAAACAGAUUAGUGAUAUUAUUUACAAGUUGGAAUAUAACAAAGCGAAGCCCAAAGGCUACACUACAAUUCACGACACCCCAAUGCUGCUGCACGUGCGCAAAGUCAAGGACAGAAUAAGUGAUCUGAAAUACAAAGAAGUGUAUGAGAGGAAUAAAUCCCACUGCAAUGUUGUAGCAGAUUCAGUUCAUAUUAAGACUCCACGGCACGCUUACAAGCUGAACAGCAAUCUGGAUUAUAAGAAGAAAUACGAAGCAGCCAAGGCUCAUUGGCACUGGAUUGCUGAUAGGCCUGACUUUGUCCAAGCAGCCAAGUCAUCUCUGCAGCAGAGUGAUUACGAAUACAAACUGGACCGAGAAUUCCUGAAGGGAUGCAAACUCUCUGUCACAGAUGAUAAGAACACAGUGUUGGCUUUAAACAAUGCCAUCUUGGCAAGUGAUGUAAAAUACAAAGAGAAGCACAACAAAGCUCGAGGAACAUGCCUGGUUGUUCCAGAUACACCUCAGAUCCUCCUGGCUAAGAAUGUCAGCUCUCUGGUAUCUGAGAACAAAUACAAAGAACACAGCAAGAAACAGCUACCCCGUGGGUCUUACACAACCCUACCUGAGACAAGAGACACUGCUCAUGUGAAAGAGGUGACCAAGAACGUCAGUGAUACAAACUAUAAAAAGAAGUUUGUGAAGGAGAAAGGCAAGUCUAAUUAUUCUAUCAUGCUGGAGCCUCCUGAAGUGAAACAUGCCAUGGAAGUUGCUAAAAAACAGAGUACAAUUGAAUACAAGAAAGAUGCCAAGUCAAAGCUCCACUACACACCUAUUGCAGAUCGCCCGGAUAUUAAGAAAGCAACUCAGGCUGCUAAGUUAAUUAGUGAUAUUGAAUAUAAAAAGCGUGGAGAAGCUGGCCUUGGUGUGACCAUGCUGGGCCGUCCAGAUAUUGAGCUGGCGAAGGAAGUGUCCAAGCUAACCAGUCAGGCGGAAUACCUGAAGCGGCACAUGAGGGGGCACGGAGCUGCAUCUUAUGAUACACCAUGGAUGAGAACGUUUAAGAAAGCUAAUAUGCUAAGUAGUCAUGUGAAAUACAAGGAGAACUUUUCCAAAGAGAAGGGUAAAAAGCCAAAGUAUGAUUUGAAGGAGGCUAAAAUCUACAAGACCAUGAAAGAUGCUCACAACAUGGCUAGUGAGGUGAAAUACAAAGCAGAUCUCAAGAAACUUCAUAAGCCUGUCACAGACAUGUCUGAGUCGCUGAUCAUGAACCAUGUCCUGAAUACCAGCCAGCUGGCCAGUGCUUACCAGUACAAGAAGCAAUAUGAGAAGAGUAAGGGUCACUACCAUAUGGUGCCAGAUAAUCUUGAACAGGUUCAUCUAAGGGAGGCAUCAGAACUGCAGAGCCACGUGAAAUACAAAGAAAAGUAUGAGAAGGAAAAAGGUAAACCUAUGCUGGACUUUGAAACUCCAACAUACCUAACUGCAAAGGAAUCUCAGCUCAUGCAGAGUGAGAAAGAAUAUAAGAGGGACUUUGAAGAGUCCAUUAAGGGCAGAAACCUUACUGGCUUGGAGAUAACACCAUCCUUAUUACAUGUCAAAUAUGCAACCAAAAUAGCAAGCGAGAAAGAAUACAGGAAGGAUCUGGAGGAGGGUGUCAAAGGUAAAGGACUAUCAGUUUUGGAGGAGACUCCAGACAUGUUAAGAGCAAAGAAUGCAACUCAGAUCCUGAAUGAGAAAGAGUACAAAAAAGCCUUGGAAUUAGAAAUCAAAGGAAAAGGUCUAUCAGAACUGGCUUUGGAAACACCCGAUUUUGUGAGAGCAAAGAAUGCCACCGACAUUGCUAGCCAGAUCAAAUACAAACAGUUGGCAGAAAUGGAGAAGGCCAACUACACCAGUGUUGUCGAUACUCCAGAGAUCAUUCAUGCCCAGCAAGUCAAAAACCUUUCAAGCCAGAAAAAGUACAAGGAGGAGGCAGAAAAGACCAUGCCAUACUAUGUGCCUGUAGCAGACACACCAGAAAUGCAGAGAGUCCGUGAGAAUCAAAAGAACUUCAGCACGCUUCAGUACCAGUGGGACCUACAGAACAGUAAAGGAAAAGUGACAGUUGUACAAGAUACACCAGAAAUGCUGCGUGUGAAGGAAAACCAGAAGAAUUUCAGCUCGAUUUUAUAUAAAGAAGAUAUUGGAACUGGAACUACUAUUGAAAAGACGCCAGAGAUGCAGAGAGUUAAGAGAACCCAGGAUGCAAUUAGCUCGAUUAAGUACAAGGAGAGCAUUGGAAAAGGAACUCCAAUUCCUGAUCUCCCAGAGGUGAAACGUGUCAAGGAGACGCAGAAGCACAUCAGCUCGGUCAUGUACAAAGAGGAGCUGGGGACAGGUAUCCCAACACCUGUAACUCCAGAAAUAGAGAGAGUCAGACGCAAUCAAGAACACAUUAGCUCGGUGUUGUACAAAGAGGAGCUGGGGACAGGGACCCCAAUACCUGUCACUCCUGAAGUUGAGAGAGUCAAACGCAAUCAAGAGCACAUCAGCUCGGUGUUGUACAAAGAGAGCGUGGGGAUGGGGACCCCCACCCCCAUCACUCCAGAGAUGGAGAGGGUCAAACGCAACCAAGAGAUCUGUAGCUCGGUGUUAUAUAAGGAGAACAUAGGGAAAGCCACCCCAACCCCUGUGACUCCUGAGAUGGAGAGAGUCAAACGCAAUCAAGAGAUCAUUAGCUCGGUUUUGUACAAAGAAAAUGUGGGGAAAGUGACCCCAACACCAAUCACUCCAGAGAUGGAGAGAGUCAAACGCAAUCAAGAAAUCAUUAGCUCGGUGUUGUACAAAGAGAACUUGGGGCGAGCAACCCCCACCCCUCUCACUCCUGAGAUGGAGAGAGUGAAACGCAAUCAAGAACAGAUUAGCUCGGUUGUGUACAAGGAAGGCUUAGGGAAGGCGACCCCCACGCCGGUCACUCCCGAGAUGGAGCGAGUCAGACGCACCCAGGAACAAAUCAGCUCGGUGUUGUACAAAGAACAGCUGGCAAAAGGCACCCCAACCCCGAUGACCCCUGAGAUGGAGCGAGCCAAGCGCAACCAGGAAAACAUCAGCUCGGUCCUUUACUCGGACAGCUUCCGAAAACAGGUACAAGGCAAAGCUGCUUAUGUUCUGGACACCCCUGAAAUGCGGCGCGUGCGGGAGACACAGAAACACAUCUCUACAGUGAAAUACCAUGAAGACUUUGAGAAGAACAAAGGUACUUUCACACCUGUAGUCACUGACCCCAUUACAGAACGUGUGAAGAAGAACAUGCAGGACUUCAGUGACAUCAGCUACAGAGGCAUUCAGAGACGAGUGGUAGAAAUGGAGCAAAAGCGCGUGGACCAGGACCAGGAGAAUAAUCUGACAGGUCUUCGUGUGUGGCGCACAAAUCCCGGCUCUGUCUUUGACUACGACCCUGCAGAGGACAACAUUCAGUCCAGGAGCUUACACAUGAUCUCAGUCCAAGCGCAGCGCCGCAGCAGGGAACACUCCCGCUCUGCCAGUGCCCUGAGCAUCAGCGGAGGGGAUGAGAAAUCAGAGCCCUCGGAGGGGGUGAAUCAGCACCUGUCCUACUACAGCAACGAAGGCUUCUUUACCACCACUGCCACAGUGGGUUAUAAACAUGCUAAGACCAUAGAGCUGCCACAACAGAGAUCAGCAUCUGUUGUCACUCAGCAAACCACCGUGUCAUCAGUUCCUUCCCACCCAUCCACUGCUGGGAAGACAUACAGGGCCAUGUAUGACUACACAGCAGCCGACGCCGACGAGGUUUCCUUCAAAGAUGGUGACACAAUUGUCAACGUGCAAGCCAUUGAUGAAGGCUGGAUGUAUGGGACCGUGCAGAGAACUGGCAAGACAGGCAUGCUGCCAGCCAACUACGUGGAGGCUGUGUGAGCCACAGAACAGCCCUCCCCAGGCACAGCCAUUUCCCACUGUCAGCAACAGAACUUUCUACCACCAAAGCACUGCACUGUCUUCCAUGGUGAGUGGCAGUGCUUUACAAACCAGCAUGGGGAGAGAAAAAAAAUACAUAUAACAAAACACUCUUGAAACUUCUUCCCUUCAAAUUGUUUCUGAAAACUACCUGCAAACACCACCUGGUGCUGCUCAUGAGAGCUGCCUUGCUUCUGGUGUCCAAAACCUGAAAUUGCCUGCAUCUUCCUUUAAGACAUUUAAGCAUACAAUACCAUCAACAUGUUUUAAGCAAUGCCAAAAUCACAACACAGUUCCGUAUCACUGAGCUUUUGUACCUGUUCUGGAGACUAUGAUUACCAACCAUUACUUUAUUCAUUCUCCCAUGAGGAGAGAAUCUUUGUGGGCUGUCCUGAAACUUUCAAACAUGUUCGUUUCCCAUGUAAGCUUAGGAUCUCAAACCAAAGUUUAUCUGGAGGGGAGGUGGUAAAAAAAGGGGGAAAUCUCACAAAGCAAAAGCCUCUUCUGUCUGCUUGCUGAGCUCUUAUGCAGGUGUUUUUCUGUUCUGGGGUCAAAAGUUGUUACUUGUAAAUUAGUGACUAAAUAAAGCUCAUGUUUCCGCA